CAGGCCGGCGACUUGGAGGAAGGCAGUUAUGUCGUGAUUAAGGGCCAUGCAUGUCUGAUUAGGGACAUGUCUACAUUGAAAGUAACAAGAAGGGGCGUGCAGAAGGUUCCGAUCAUCGGGUUGGAUAUCUUCAGCGGAAAGAAACUCGAAUAUAUAUGUCCUACAGCGGCUGAAAUGGAUGUUCAGAAUGUGGAGUAUAUAGACUAUGAGCUCAUGGGGUUUUCUCUGGAUGGGAAUGAAAAGACGGAUCUCUCACUCCCUGAUGGCCCAUUGGGGAGUGCUAUUAGAGAAGCUAAAGAGGAUGGGAAGGCAACUUCGGUCAAAGUUGCCAGUGCAUUG